CUUCAGUGUGAACUUGUAUUGCUGUUAGAUAGUUUCAGACCCUUUCACCAGCUGACUUCUCCUCUGGCUUCUCUGUUUGACGGGACAGAAGGCUGAAACUCAAAAUGAGGGUUUGGAUCUUCUUCCUUAUCUGCCUCACUGGCAAGACUCUGGCUGCUCCAGCUGAGGAGGAGCCAGUUGUUGAAGAGGAGCUGGAAGUGGGAUCCAACCCAGUCCAGGUGGAGACCGGAGAAUUUGAUGAGGCCAUUGAAGUUGUGGAGGAUAUUAUUGCUGAGAACCCCUGCCUCAACCAUCACUGCAAGAAGGGCAAAGUGUGCGAGGUCGACGACAGCAACCAGCCAAUGUGUGUGUGCCAGGACCCCUUGACCUGCCCCGCCCCAGUUGGAGAGUUCGAGCAUGUCUGUGGCACCAACAACAAGACAUAUGAAUCCUCCUGCCACUUCUUUGCCACUAAAUGCGCCCUGGAGGGCACCAAGAAGGGCCACAAGCUGCACAUGGACUACAUCGGACCCUGCAAAUACAUCAUACCCUGCAUGGACAAUGAGUUGAACGAGUUUCCCUUUCGCAUGAGGGACUGGUUGAAGAACGUGUUGGUGACCUUGUACGAGCGUGAUGAAGAGAAUAACCUGCUCACUGAGAAGCAGAAACUCAGAGUGAAGAAGAUCUAUGAGAACGAGAAGAGGCUGCAGGCUGGUGAACAUUCUCUGGACCUUCUGGCCCUAGACUUUGAGAAGAACUACAACAUGUACAUCUUCCCUGUUCACUGGCAGUUUGGUCAGCUUGACCAGCACCCUGUUGAUGGAUUCCUGUCCCACACUGAGCUGGCCCCUCUACGUGCUCCUCUCAUCCCAAUGGAGCACUGCACCACCAACUUCUUUGAGCAGUGCGAUGCCGACCAGGACAAGUACAUCGCCCUCGAGGAAUGGACCAACUGCUUUGGAAUCAAAGAGCAGGACGUCGACAAGGAUCUUGUCAUCUAAAGCACAUCUACCAUUGAUGCUUCCUAGUUACUAUUGGGACGAGGUGCUAACCCUUAAAUUAAAAUCAAAGUAAAGGUGCUAAUCGCAUUUUGUAACAACCUGCAUAUACCACUAAACAUUCACUAAACAUCAAUAUUUUAAGUGCACAGGAAAAUCAAGAGUGAUUAAAUACUGCCCAUUUUCUAUCUGAAGUUAGUUGAAGUUGGCCAAAUAGAUGUUGGACAGGCUGUGUUAAAGAAGAGUUAAGCCUAUGAUGAACUAUGUAUGUUGAAAGAUUUUUGUUUUGGAAAUGGAUCUACAAUUUUCUUAAACUCAGAAUCAGGGCUUGGAUUUAAUGUAAAUUUGGAUGGUGGAAAUGUACAAAAACAAAAUAAAGAUUCCAAAUAAAUGUUCUUUCUGCUUGCUUUAUAAACUUCAUAGUUUUUGGUUUGUUGCACUCUUUGGUGGUGUAUUUAUUGUUUUGAUUUCUAUAUUAGAUUUGAAAACAUCUUUAAAUUUGAGCCCUGAUGAUCUACAGGUUGUUGUUUUUAUUUGAGUCUUGUUACCUGUCAAAAAAAAAUCAGGGUGAAAUGUUGUGUUUUUAAAAUUUUAAUAAUACAAGGAAAUAUUAUUUGAAUACAAAGAGGACGAAAUCUUGCAGGAUGAGAUUUUUUUUUUUUUUUACCCUCUAACAUGUUCACAUACGUUUGCAGAAUUUGCCACAAUGUGGGCACCAUGAAACACUUUACAUAAAUAAAAGCUACUGAAAUUUCCAAACUCAA